AUGUUUGUUUACGUUAUGGCCCAGCUCACCGAGCCUGCGACCCCUAGUCGAAGCGUUGCAAGACCUACUGCUGCCGCUUGGAGCCGUGAGGGGCUUAAAUUUUCAGGCCGACAUGAUUUGAAACCGAGCCUAGCAUCAGUACCCAGGUCACGAGGUGUUAGCUUUUCGCCAUCCAAGCGCGUUGUUUCUUACGAUUCUGGACACCCCACCUCCGCUAAGAAACCAUUCCGCGAAGAAUCUCUAGUCCUACACAAAGAACCUGAAACGCCAACGAGAGUUAAUCGUGAUGUCGAAGCCGAUGGUGAAUGGCAAGAUCUUUCGGAUGACCAGCACGGCUACUCCGAAGCAGACACCACUGAUUUCACAGAAGGAAGUUCUCUUUUCCAAGGGUUUUCUCCCAAUUCAUCGAAUCAAAGCACUAUUUUCCGUCGUUUGAGAAGAGGUACCUUAUCUCCACGUGUUCGUCUGCAGCCUAGGUCUCCACAUACACCAAGAGCCACGCCAGUGGCUGCGACACCAUCACGCAGCGCUUCUUGGUCACGAAUGGCCACACCUUCGUUUGAUAGUUACAUUGAUUCUCCCCUCACCUCACGUGAACCCCAUGGAAGUGGAAAAUGGAGGCUGGAUCCCUCCUUGCCAUUUAUUUUAGCGUCCUAUGCUCAGUUAGGUUUUAAUCUGAUCAUGAUGGGGCUUGUGAUCUACGCGGUUUGGAUAUUCCUUUCAACGAUCAGAAACGAUGUUGACCUCAAAGUCGAAGAAUACUCUGCUGAUAUCUUAAACGAAAUAUAUCGUUGCUCGCAAGAGUAUUCGCGUAAUAAUUGCCAACCAGGAAAACGAGUGCCCGCACUAGAGACAAUUUGCAACGUAUGGGAAGAUUGUAUGAAUAGAGACCACAAGAUGGUGGGUCGUGCCCGCGUCUCUGCUGAGACAUUCGGCGAAAUCGUCAACUCUUUCUUGGCGCCGAUAGGAAUCAAAAGUAUGGUUUUCAUUGUUUGUGCUUUCGCUGGAUCGUUUGUGCUCAUCAAUCUCAUGUUCGCGUCAAAAUAUGGACCAACACAUGUACACGCUGCACCACCUCCACCUCCACCUAUUCACCUCGCACAUGAGUAUUCAAACUCAAUGCCCGCUACUCCUACCUCUAGCACACAUCCCUACAUGCUUAACUACCGCUACUCAGCAAGACGGUCAAGGUACUGA